AUCAACCAUUCUAGUGAGCCUUGCAGUCUCUGUCUCAAGCCCAGCCCAAUGUGUCGGUUUGUUCUCCGGGUGCAAAAGGGAACAAUCGGUGUCGACUUCGCCAAGUCAACUUGUGCUAGGCUUGCCAAAUUCUCAUAUGGGCCUGCAAGCACCCCAUUCCAAGCCAACCCAUGUGGUAAUGUCCCAGUUAAAUGUUCCCACUGUCCAAAAGGAUCAAGUGCAGUUUGGAGAUACAAUCUGGAUGCUCACUAUCACGCUAAGCAUUCCCCUGCGCUCCCUCUUACAGAGCUUGCAAUCACUAAUUUUGAAAUAGAAGGACUCAAGGUGCUCUGGGACAAUCGUCAU